AUGGCAUCUUUAUCGCAAGUUUCCUUUCAAGAUUUUCAGUGGAGCCCCCCGAACCCCUGCGACCACGCUUCCUCGUGGAUGGCGGCCAAGGCCAAGAAGGUUUCGAGUAAGAAGACCCUCAAGAAGCUUUCGAAACGACCGGCUGGGCAUGCUCUUCCAGCCUUGCGGAUUGAGCCAGCCCCAGAGGCGCCGCUCGAAGAUGUGACUAUCUUCAACGAGACUGCAAGGGGGAACGCUCCCGUCCGCAUCGGAGGCGAUUGCAGCGGUUGGUGCACCGAGCACGCAGCGUCAUUGGCAGUACUGAGCGUCGGCCUGAUCCACGUCUUCGCGAGCGACUCUUGCAAGGCGGCGCGCAAAUUCAUCCACCGUUUCUGCCAGCCACUGCACCUGUACAACGACGUCACCACGAGGGCUGCCCCCAACAACUUGGAUCUGUACGUCGCUGGUUUCCCAUGCCAGCCUUGGUCGAUUGCGGCAGGGAACGGAGAAGGGCUGUCUGACAAAAGAGGAAGAGGGGGCAUAGUGGAAUACAUAGUCGACUACAUCGACAAGGCGCGCCCGAAGAGUUUCCUGCUGGAAAACGCACCUGGCCUAGUGACGAAAUUCGUCAGCGUGUUCAACCUCGUUAUUGGCACACUCCGGGCGCUCAAGGACUCGACCACCGGAAAGGCCGCCUACGCCGUGCACUGGAAAAUUCUCAAGCCAGACGUCGAGGGCGGCCUUCCACAACAUCGCCCGCGAGUCUACGUGGUCGGCAUUUUGCAGACCGAGAUGCGGAGGCAGUUCCAGUGGCCCACGCCGAUCGACACCGUGGCGCUGUCCCAGAUCCUCGAGGAGCACACCGGCACGUGGGCCGACUUGGAGCAGCUCAGUGCGACGAAGAAGACGAACGUGAUUAAGUGCCUAGCUAAGACAUGCGACGACGGGGCCCUGCCACAGGAUAUUGACGCGAUCUUCGACAUUGGAGGCACAAAACCAACGAUCAUGAAGGAGGUGUGCCCAUGUCUCACGGUGACGCGGUGCCAGGACCAGGCCUACUUCUCUAGCCAGCAGUUCCGCACAUUGACCAUCACAGACAUGAUGCGCCUCCAAGGCGUCGAUGAGAACAUGUUCGCCGGGUGGGACGAGAUCCUUUCGCCAAGGCAGAUGGGUUCCUUGAUCGGUAACGCAAUGUGCCAGUCUAUCGUCGAGAGGGUGCUGCGCGGCAUCUACUUGAGCCUCGGCGUUCCAUGCAAGUGA